AGUUGAAUAUAACAUUAUAUAAACACGACCGCACCGUUUCGUGUGUUGCGCAUGUUGAUGUUAACCAGCAUGCUGACCAACAAAGUUGUCCCUUUCAUUCGAUCUCACUCCCUUUCUUCUAUCACCAACAAAUACUUAUGUAGAUGUCUACACCGUACCAAUGUGUUCGAAGCAGAAACUUCCAGUGCUUCACAACCUAAAGAAGAGCUUCGACCACUCUAUCUAGAUGCUUUGGCAACAACACCAAUGGACCCCAGAGUCAUAGAUACCAUGCUUCCCUACAUGAUCAGCUUUUAUGGAAACCCUCAUUCUCGGACACAUGCCUAUGGAUGGGAAAGUGAAGCUGCUGUAGAAAAUUCCAGAAAGCAAGUUGCUUCCCUCAUUGGAGCUCAUCCCAAAGAGAUUAUCUUCACAAGUGGUGCUACAGAGUCAAACAAUGUUGCAGUGAAAGGGGUUGCACGGUUUUAUAAGUCCAGAAAGAAGCAUAUCCUCACCACACAAACUGAACACAAAUGUGUCUUGGACUCAUGCCGUGUAUUGGAGAUGGAAGGUUUCGAUGUCACCUAUCUGCCUGUUCAGUCAUCUGGCAUUAUUGACUUGGAAUUAUUUGAGAAAUCUCUACGUCCUGACACAUCACUGGUUUCCAUUAUGACUGUCAACAACGAGAUAGGGGUGGUGCAACCCAUCAAGGAAAUAGGUCGGCUGUGCCGUCAAAAGAAGAUCUUUUUCCACACUGAUGCAGCCCAAGCUGUAGGUAAAAUACCUGUAGAUGUCAAUGAUUUGAAUAUUGACCUUCUGUCACUUAGUGGUCACAAGAUUUAUGGACCAAAAGGUAUCGGUGCUCUGUAUGUGAGGCGGCGUCCCAGAGUAAGAAUUGAUCCACCCCAAAGUGGUGGUGGUCAGGAGAGAGGAAUUCGAAGUGGUACAGUACCAACACCAUUGGUCGUUGGUUUGGGAAGAGCUUGUCAGAUUGCUGAAGAAGAACACGAGUAUGACUACAAGAGAAUUUCCAUGCUGUCCAAGAGGCUGAUAGAAAAGAUCACAGCAGAAACAAGUCAUGUAAUUAGGAAUGGUGACCCAGAAUCAUCUUAUCCUGGUUGUGUGAACUUAUCAUUUGCCUUUGUUGAAGGAGAAAGUUUGUUGAUGGCCCUUAAAGAUAUUGCUUUAUCCUCUGGCAGUGCCUGUACAUCAGCUUCUCUUGAACCUUCUUAUGUACUACGUGCUAUUGGAUCAGAAGAAGACUUAGCUCAUUCAUCCAUACGAUUUGGCAUUGGUCGUUUCACAACAGAAGCGGAGAUAGACUUUACUGCAGAGAAAUGUAACAAGUUUGUGAAGGACCUGAGGGAAAUGAGCCCUCUCUGGGAAAUGGUACAGGAAGGAAUUGAUUUGAAAUCUAUCAAGUGGACCCAACAUUGAGUGAUAUUGUGGUAAUAUUCAACUGUACCCAUCAACUGUUACUUCCAGGCCUGUCUCUGCAAAGUCGAUGUGUCUGGCCCCUAAUAUUUGCAAGAAACAUACAAGUCUUACCUCUAAUUGACAAUAUACACUCCUAUGUGGCAUUAUUACAUAAUAUAUAAUAAUAAUAUUAAUAAUAAUAAUAAUAAUCUAUUUCUAAAGAUAUUUUGAGCUUAUUAUUUUUAUUAUGAAUGUUGGACAAAAUGUCUAAGAGUAUUGUUGUAUUUAUUCCAGCUUCAUAUCCUGAGUUCGAAGAAUUUAGGGUUUUAUUGCUAUGAAAGAAAUAUAGCUGGUACUGUGUGAUGCCAUUCAAUUCUCUGCAUAUUUAUGACAAAGUUUCAAUCUUCUGUCAAAGUAUGUUUUUUUUUUUCCGUGUGUCUUUCAGAUCUUUUUCUCCAAUUUAUACAUUCUACAAAGUGUAACGUGUAAAUGAUCAAAAUUAGUUGUAAGUUUUGUGCUGAUCACUUACCAAAGUUGCCAUAUAAUCAUGGGUAAAGAUAAUUUGUAAUUUUCUAAAAAGUUGUAUUAAAUAAAUUUGUUUGGAAAUAAACUUAGGAAAACAUU